AUGCCGCCCACCAUCAUCCUCGUGCGGCACGCGCAGGCCCUGCACAACGUCGACAAUAAACUACACGCUCCACGACCCCGAGCUCUCCGCGCUCGGCCGGCAACAAUGCGAGGAACUCAAGGCGAACCUCGCCGCCAGGAUACCCCGUGAUCUCGACGUGGGCCUGAUCAUCGUCAGCCCCAUGAAACGGACCAUCGAGACGGCGCUGCUCGCCUUUCCCCAUCUCCUCGCGCGCGGCAUCCCCAUCGUCGCCCACGCCGGCUGGCAGGAAAACUCCACCGAGCCCUGCGACACCGGCACCCCCAUCCCCGCCCUACAGGCCCUCUUCCCGCAGGUCUCGUUCGCCGCCGUCGACCCGGUCUACCCCGACAAAUCCUCGCCCGCGGGUGCCCGCUAUUUCUACACGCGCCCUGCGAUCCUUGCGCGCGGCCAGGCGGUGCUGGGCGAGCUCCGCGAGCGGCCUGAGAAGGCCGUCAUUGUGGUGUCGCAUUCUGGCUUCUUGCGAUUGGGCGUGACGGGGAGGUGGUUUAUGAAUGGCGACUAUCGGGUUUUUGAGUUUGAUGGUGUCGGCAGGGAUGGGGACGGGCAUGUGGGGAUUCGGGAGUGGGACGGGGAGGAGGAAGGGGGGAUGGGGUGGAGUUUUCAAGAGAGGGUUGGGCUGGGGGAGGGGCUGCCCGUGCCUGUGCCCGAGGGCGGCGAGGUUGAGGGGGUCGGGGGGCUGUGAGAGGCGGGGGAGGAGAGAGACGAAGAGUUGCUGGUGUGUGCCGAGUCGGGGUUGUCCGCCAGGUGCAUGUCGGCUACUUGAUCCAAGGCCUCUGCCGCGGCUGGUGUAUCCUUCGCCGCGGCCAGCUCCCGCUGCCUCUUCUCCUCGUGCCAUUGCUCCAGCUCGCUGUGCACCGCCCUCCAUUCGUUGCACAGAACCUGCGCGCCAUAGCAUCGCUGGACGUGGUGCUGCAAGCCCAGGUAUGACCACAGAAAGGAGCACAUGAUUUUGGCUGCGCUGCGGCAGUUGAAUUGGUCCUCCCCUGGCCAGUAUAGGAGC